AUGCCUCUGUUCGUCGAGAUUGUUGCAACCCAGCUUCAACUCUCUGCUGUCUUAUAUUUCAUCUCUGCAUGUAGAACGGGCCUGUUUGCACACCAGCGAUCCUGCAUCAGCUCAUUCUUCUCAUCUCAUCACAUUGAGCUCAUGCCCCUUCAUCCCAAUUGUACGCUUAUCAAAAUGACUAACAUGCAAUUUAGAUACGUCAUCAUGUCGCCUAUCGAAGAUCGCGCAUGCUUUGAAUGCGGCGAGCAGGGCCAUUUGAAGGCAGCUUGUCCAAGGAUCAAGAAUAGAGACAUGGACAAGCAAGCCAGAUUUUUCGUCGCUGUCGAGAGAGAACUUUGCGCCACCCUGAACCAGGACAUCCUGAGGAUUUUGAUUCACAUACGUUAG